AUGUUGAUGCGCCUAGUGACUUCUAUGGUGCUUGUGGGCCUUGCAAAAACUACCUCUGCCGCAACGUACUCAUUGACGAGCAACCUCAUUGGACAAGGAUUUCUGAAUGCCUUUAGCUGGCAAGCCGUGGCAGAUCCUACCAACGGGCGGGUUAACUACGUUACAGAAUCGACCGCACAGGCGGACGGGUUGGUAUCCGUGUCGGGGAACCAAGUGACGUUGCGGGCGGACAGCAUUACCGUUUUGUCUUCUUCGGACCCCGGACGGAACUCUUUCAGGCUUCAGUCUAAUGCACAGUAUACCACACAUGUAGCCGUCUUUGACAUUGCCCAUAUGCCUCAGGGAUGCGGAACGUGGCCUGCUGGUGAGGUGGAUAUCGUGGAAGGUGUUAAUAACCAGAGUCCUAACUUAUCAUCAUUGCACACGAGUGCUAUUUAUGAGACGGGCAAUUCGGGGUGUGGUGUACAGACCAAUGAUAUUAACAGCUUCGGUCUAAAUUUUAACGGAAUUGGCGGUGGAUGGUAUGCUAUCGAGCGCGCGUCUACCUUCAUCAGAAUAUACUUUUGGGAGAGAGGGAGUUCCUCCGUUCCAGACGAUGUCCAGUAUCCGGGGACAUCUGUGAAUACCGACAGUUGGGGAACCCCUGCUGCGUACUUUCCCGACACAGACUGCGAUUUCUCCACGCACUUCGGUCCCCAUAAUAUCAUCAUUAAUUUGACUUUCUGUGGGGAUUGGGCUGGCAACAGCGCUGUCUACAGUAAUUCGGGGUGUCCAUCGGACUGUGUUGAUUAUGUGAAUCAGAAUCCUUCCGCAUUUGUCGACGCAUACUUCACGUUCAAUUCUCUUAAUAUUUACCAGUGA